AGCUAUAGAGGUGUUCAAACUGCAUUGUAGGCUCCAGGAGACAGAGAGACACACAGACCAGGAACACCCGGCCAAGCCUCAGACCUGGGAAUUCAUGAAUGUUUUUUGAUUUGCCUUUUUUUGAAUGUUUUUGAUUUUUUGUUGUUUUUUUCCCCCAUCUGGCCUGUGGGAUCCUGUCCCCCCUCUCCGCCGCCCAGCCAGGACUGGAAACUGCCUCCCCCCCCCCCCCACCCUCCUCUGCAAAAUGUGGAUUUUUUAAUGCAAUGCUGGGAAACAAAAGCUUCCUGAUACAAAAGGGAGUCCCUUCCCUCCUCCUGCCUUCCUAAAAAAGAACACAGCCCCACAUCUCACCCCCCCCCACCAGGAAGGGAUCCAGGGAUCUGGGAUCUGCUCACUGGGACUUUGCUGAGAGCGGCUGGCGAGAUAACGUGUUAUAAAAGGAGUUGGCUCUGAGGGAUCUCGAUGUUCGGGGGGUCAAGACUCCAUGAUUUCAAGUUUCUGAAUCGAUCUUCCUCUUUUAGGAUGUACAAAGGACCGUAGGCUUUCUCCGAUCAAUCAAAGUGCAUCAGUAUUUUGCUCCUAACUAGGUGUCUUUGAUUUUUUUUUUCUUAUGAGACGGACCACACCAGCCAAUCAAAAUAGAGUCCCUCAAGUUGAAAGUGGACUUUCUGGUGGCGCCUUUUGGCCUAAAGAAGCCUGUGCUGAAAGAGGCGGCAGCCGUGUUGGCGGCGGUUCCAGGGUCAGGGAAACCAAAAACUGUAAACGUGGAUCGCCACAAAGGUCGCUACUCUGAAAACAUGGACAACGAGUCCCAAUAUUCUGGGUACUCCUACAAGUCGGGGCAGUCUCGAAGUUCCCGCAAACACAGAGAACGGAGGGAUCGUCAUCGAUCCAAAAGCCGAGAUGGCAGCAGUCGCGGUGAUAAAUCGGUCACCAUCCAAGCUCCAGGAGAGCCUUUGUUAGACAACGAGUCAACGAGAGGAGAAGACCGGGAUGACAACUGGGGAGAAACCACCACCGUGGUCACCGGGACCUCGGAACACAGCAUAUCCCACGAUGACAUUACCCGUAUCACUAAGGACAUGGAGGACAGCGCCAACCUGGACUGCUCCCGCCACUUGGGUGUCAUUGUUGGUGGAGUCUUGGCCUUUGUCUCUUUCCUCACCCCCAUUGCCUUCAUGCUGUUGCCCAAAAUCUUACCGUGGGAUCUGGAAGCUUGCGGCACGCCCUGUGAGGGCCUCUUCAUCUCCGUGGCCUUCAAACUUCUCAUCCUCCUGGUGGGCAGCUGGGCGCUCUUCUUCCGACGCCCCAAAGCCUUCUUCCCACGGGUGUUCGUCUUCCGGGCGCUCAUCAUGGUGCUUAUUUUUCUGCUGGUGGUGUCCUACUGGCUCUUCUAUGCUGUCCGGAUCCUCACCACCGCCGAGAGGAAUUACCAGGGGAUAGUACAAUACGCCGUGUCGCUGGUGGACGCUUUGCUGUUUGUUCACUACUUGGCGGUGGUCUUGCUGGAGUUACGGCAACUGCAACCUCAGUUCACCAUCAAGGUUGUCAGGUCCACAGACGGGGCAAGCAGGCAUUACAAUAUUGGCCACUUAAGUAUCCAGCGAGUCGCUGUAUGGAUUUUGGAAAAUUAUUAUCACGACUUCCCCGUCUACAACCCUGCCCUCCUGAACCUGCCAAAAUCCAUCCUGAGCAAGAAAAUGUCUGGAUUCAAGGUCUACUCGCUUGGAGAGGAAAACUCAACUAACAACUCCACAGGGCAGUCUCGGGCAGUAAUAGCCGCAGCCGCCAGGAGGAGGGACAACAGUCACAACGAGUAUUACUAUGAAGAGGCGGAGCAUGAGCGGAGAGUGCGUAAGCGGAAAGCAAGGUUGGUGGUGGCUGUAGAAGAAGCCUUCACCCACAUCAAACGUCUCCAGGAAGAAGACCAGAAAAACCCACGUGAGAUCAUGGAUCCCCGAGAGGCUGCCCAGGCUAUCUUCGCUUCCAUGGCUAGAGCCAUGCAGAAAUACCUGCGCACGACGAAACAGCAACCGUACCACACGAUGGAGAGCAUUCUUCAACACCUGGAGUUCUGUAUCACUCAUGAUAUGACGCCAAAGGCCUUUCUAGAGCGGUAUUUAGGCCCCGGUCCCACCAUCCAAUAUCACAAAGACCGCUGGCUAGCCAAGCAGUGGACUUUGGUGAGCGAGGAGCCGGUAACCAAUGGAUUGAAAGAUGGCGUUGUGUUCGUCUUGAAGAGGCAAGACUUCAGCUUGGUAGUCAGCACCAAAAAGAUUCCUUUCUUUAAGCUCUCUGAGGAAUUUGUGGACCCCAAAUCUCAUAAAUUCGUGAUGAGGCUUCAGUCAGAGACUUCAGUUUGAAACCCCCCCCCCCCUUGGACCUUCAAACUCACAGAAGGGAUACAAAGUUAAGGUGUACAUGGUUGUUCAUCUUUUCUUCCUCGGUGGCUUUUUUAUUUUAUUGGGGUCUGUGCUGUUUUGACCUUAUGGCAAAAUCAACCUGACUUUUUUUUUUGGCGUGCACCAAACCUCAACCAUUGUUUCUACUCGAACGUCCAUUGUUCAUAAACUUGUUUUUUUGAACUGAAGACCCAUCAAAACUUCCAUUUUUUUUGCUACAAAUCCAUUCUUCCAGUGAUCAGGGCGCUUAUUGACUCUGUUUUUUUUCCAGAGCUUUCGGUUCCUUUUUGUUCCCACCAUCUCGGCAAUAAUUAAAGAUCAACGACUCUUCAUCCGCUGAGACUUAGAACAAUGGACCACGUUUACUCUGAGUGCUUCAGGAGGACCUUUUUAGGAGGACCUUUUCAGGAGGACCCUUCUUCAACCAUUUCCACCAGCCGAGGCCAUAAACAGAUUCACGUUUUGGUGCCAAAUUUUAAGGGCUAUCAGCUGAGGCUUUUUCUACUGUCCAUCCCUGGUGCUUUCCCGUCUUUAACUGUGGAGAACAUUUUUUUUGAAGCUUCAGCUCACAAGCUUUUCCGACACCAGACAAAAAAAAGUGGCUUAGUUCGUAAAAAAGGGUCCCACCAACCAUCAGAAUUGCCAACCUGGCUUGGGUGGGCGAGGAAUUCUCAUAGAGCUGAAAGGUUUUGUAUGUUCAGACAGUUCUCGGAAAACCACUAAACUGUGGCGCUGUCUUUUUUUUUUUUUUUUUUUUUUGUUGUUUUUCAAAAGUUUGUACAAAAUUGUAACUUUAAUUCUGUAAAUGUCCAUCCCUGAUUUUAACAUUUUUUUUUUUUUAAUUGAAGAAAUAUAUUGCCAUUUUUUUUAAAAAGGGGGGAGGGGUCUGAAUACACUAGUAGAAUGAACCUGUCAAGUUUUUCAAUUGAGGGG